AGUGCACGGGCUUUACGCGUCACAGUGAGGAGCAAUCCGAGUGCGUGUUUUUGCUAGUUGAAAACUAUUUUAUGACCACUCCUAUUUGGUUUUUAACCGGGUAGGGAAUUUUUGAAACUCUCAUUUGAAAUGGAUUUUUCAUCAUGACUCUGUCCCGCGUUCGGAUGGAGAUGAGGAAGACAAUCCUCAAGAUUCGGACCGUGGUUGGCGGUAAGCAAUCACGAUUAUAUUCGUAUUUGAUCGUAUCUUGAUUUGUUCGCGUGGAAUAAUUGGCAGGUUUAGACGUCCUGUACAUUGCUUGCCGCCGAUCAAUUUGCGAUCGUGGGAUCGGCGACGUUGUUGGAAGCCAACAUUAAUUUUUCCACGGCUCUGAUUUUAUUAGAUAAUCGACCAAACGGCAGCCUAUUCGUUGGUACCUAUGCCGCAUGAAUAUAUUUAAUGCGGUCGCCUGCAAUUCCUUUCAUUAAUUCGUACUUUACGAUUCCGAUCCUGAGAGCAUAUUGUCCGAGACGUAGCCAUGGGUAGAAGUGUCAAAUUAGAGGCGUUCCCUGCGCCUGUAUUCAUGUCAAUUAUAGAACAUCUGGUCGUGUCUAUCGGCAUCUACAAAGCAGUUCUACUCCGACGAGUAAAUAGAUCCUUCAAUGCCACCAUACUUCACGCCAUAUGCGUUAGCCAAGUUGUCGAUAUGUAUGAUCCAGCUACUCCUCACGUCAAAUACGAUAUACCGCCAUCACUUAGAGGCGCGAUCCUCUUAAUAAGAUCACGAUCGCCUAAUGCGACGAAGCAAGAGCUUCCUUCAGUCAUCCUUAGUGUCAAUCGAGAAAUAGAUCGCUUGACGCAGCCAACCGAGGAACGUCGCGAUGAACAGCAUCGAAUCAUUUCCGAAGCUGUCGCCGUUGGAAUAAAUCCAUUCAAACUAAACUAUAUCGAAAAAGGACUCAAAGAUAUCGACGAAGAAACACAUGCGCAGAAUCUUUUUUGCGCUGCUAUUGUUUUAGGAAAUUUACCCCUAGUUAAAUCCAUGCUCGAAGACCUCGCUCUUAUAUCAGUUCGUGUGAAUGCGAACAAUCUCUAUUUCGGUCCACCCCUACAGAUAGCUUGCGCGCGGGGUCAUAUAGAUAUUGUCCGCUAUCUCCUUUCCCAUGGCGCCAAUAUACAGGAAGAUUCUGAAGAUUUGGACUGGAACCCGAACCUUCGACUACGUGUCUUCCAAAAGCACGUAUAUCAGAGUCCAGAAGGAAGUCCUUUACGCGCCGCUCUCCAUGGAGGCCACGAGGAUAUUGCGAACCUACUUCUAGAGCCAGAGUAUCGACCGUCGCCAACUCCUUUGAAGAUGGAGUUUGUUGAAUCAAUUGUGGCUGCAGUUCGCAGCGGCCUGUACCCGUUUUACCAACGUCUAAUCCAAAUGACUGGGAAACCUCUAUCAGAUUACCCAGGUCUAGGGGGCAAGUUACUUCGAGAAGCGGUUGAGUACAACCAGGAAGGCAUUAUGCGAAUGCUUUUGGAGAAAGAUGGUGUGGACGUCAAUUCAGUAUCAGAUGAAGCCACCCUCAGUACCCGUUCUGCUUUAUAUACUGCUGCGUGUAUGGGUAAAGCCCAUGUAGUUCGGGUUCUAAUAGGUUACGGGACGAAGUUAAGGCCUCCUCAUUAUGGACCCUGUCCUCUUGAAGGUGCUGCGCGUGGUGGGCAUGAAGAAGCGGUAGAAAUACUAUUAGAUCAUGGAGAACCCCGAGCGCUGGCUUUCAAGUGUGCCGUAGAGUCCGGACAGGUACAUCUAGCUAAGUGGCUGGUGGCAAGAUAUCCGAGCAUCAUAAUGGAGAAAUAUGGGCGUAUGCGCCCGAUAAACUUGAUGUCGAUGGCCAUCAUGAACAAAAACCUAGACAUGAUAGCUUUCUUGCUUGAUGCUGGUCUUCCGCUGAACUAUGAAUAUAUCGCGCAUUCGGAACUUCCAAUGGUUGAAGCGAAGACGUCGGCGGCGGAAUGGGUAGCGAAUUUUCUUCUCACGCUUGGAUUCAAAGACGAGGAGAUCGAUGAAAGUGCACGCCCAGCAUAUUACUCGGAAGUGGAUAUUACUAAGGUGUUGUCAUGUAGAGGCGUACGAUUGACAAAACGGACUUGGAAUUGGGUAAGCAAGUAUUGAAUAGUCAUAUAUGAGGGAUCUAGAGCUUAGCAAGCAGUCAAUUUAGCGU